AUGGCAAUUCACACUCAACUUCCACCUUUCCCCGAGGACGUGCCUACGCACCCCCUGCUCAUAGUUGACUACACCCUGCUUCAGGCUGGAAAUGAGGAAGAGAUAUCGAAGUUGUGGAUGGCAGCAACUACGCUCGGUUUCUGGUAUCUAAAGAACCACGGUGUCGACGACGAGGUUAACGGAAUGUUCGAUAUGGGUGCCGAAACUAUGGCUCUUCCCUUCGACGAGAAGAUGAAGUUCGAGCAAGGCGAUGAUGGCAUGUCAUUCGGAUACAAGGCACCCGGUGCUAAUGCUGUCGAUGAGACCGGCGCACGCGACAACGUAGAGUUCAUCAACGUCUCUCAAGACGAUGCUCUCGCGUGGCCGACGCCUGUCCACCGCACCUAUCCUUCGACUGUCAAUGGGCGCAUGGAGUCGACAAUCGUCCCGUUCAUGCGCAAGUCGGCCGAGAUAAAUUCCACGAUCAUGGAGAUCAUGAAUGCGAAACUUGGUCUCCCAGCUGGCACGCUCAACAAACGGCACUUGUUGGAGGAACAUAGCGGGAGCGAAGCAAGGUGCAUCAAGAGUCCUCCGAGGCCAGGCGGUAUCUCAGAGGAAAAGGCGGCGCUCGGUGCACAUACUGACUUCGGGUCUCUGACUUUCCUGAACAAUCGCUUGGGAGGUCUGCAAGUCAUGGUUCCUGGGACGGACAAGUGGCAGUAUAUCAAGCCCAUCCCUGGUCAUGCUGUCUGCAAUCUCGGUGAUGCGAUGUACAUUUUUAGCGGUGGCAUCCUCAAGUCGAACCUGCACCGAGUAGUUCCGCCUCCGGGUGCUCAAGGGCACUAUACCAGAUGGUCUUUGGCCCUCUUCACUAGACCCACAAAUUCUGUGAUAUUGCGCGCUCUGACCGAGGAGAGCCCAAUCAUCGCCGAAGCCGUCUCGAAGGCGACCGAUACGAGUCUGUUUAUCGGUAAUUCUACUUCGCGCGAUUGGUUCGCGAGGAGGAUUAAGUACCAGAGGGCCAAUAACCAGAAGGGUGCAGAGACAUGGCGCGCUAGCCGUGGCACUGAACAUCGCCCUGACGCAGCUUGA